AUGGAAGAGUAUGCUCGGGAGCCUUGCCCCUGGCAAACUGGGGAUGGUUGCAAUAGAGCCUUCACUAUGGGUGUCAUCAGCGAUGGAGUCUUCCAAGCUAUUAAGGACUUCUGCAAUGCCCCUGUCGGAAUUCGGCACCAGUUGAGAGGUAGUGUCGACACUGUGAGGAUCCAAGCCCCCCAGAUUAGAGGUAGCUUCGCGAUAUGUGGGGGGGACACGACCUUCACCAUCGGCUGCAGCCUGGUGCGCCUACGGAGCAAAGAAGAUCCCUGGAACUCCAUCACCAUCAGAGCAUUGACAGGGGCUGUGCUGGCUGCCUGCAGUGGCCCAUUGGUGAUGAUGGGCUCAGCAAUGAUGGAGGGCAUCCUCUUGGCCCUCUUAGAGGCUGUUGGCAUCGUCCUUACUCGCUCCACUGCCCAGCAGUUCCAGAGUUCACACCCUUUCCUGGAGGACCCCAGCCAGCUGCCCCAUAAGGAGGGUACCCCAGCCCCAGGCUAUCCCUUCUACCUUUAA